UUUUGAUUCACUUCCAAUACUUGGAAUCAAUAGAAUUUAAGAGAAAACUCUCUCUAUACUCAUCAGCACACAAAAAAUGGCGCCAAGUUUCAAGUUCAUUUGCCUCUUUGCACUGAUUCUGGCCAUCGCCAUGGGGCUCAGGACCUCCGAGGCGGCUGGCCCUUGCGGAAAACCGAGCCCUGAUGAGGAGGCCUUGAAGCUGGCUCCCUGCGCCACUGCUGCACAGGAUACGAAGGCUCCUGUAUCCGACAGCUGCUGCGCGCAGGUGAGGAGCAUCGGCCAGAACCCGAGCUGCCUCUGCGCAGUCAUGCUGUCCAACACGGCCAAAGCAUCUGGGAUCAAGCCCGAGAUUGCCAUCACCAUCCCCAAGCGCUGCAACAUCGCCAACCGCCCAGUUGGCUACAAGUGUGGAGCUUACACCUUGCCUUAAAGGGAAGAAACCACCGAUAUAUCGACUGAAGUCAAGGCCAUAUGGUUCGGGGCAGCCUUUCUUCUCCUAAGCUGGUCUUGUAGCCAGAAUAAAGGCAAAGCCAUAAGCUUUGCACCUAUAUUCCAGUAAGAAAAAUAAUACAAGUUGUUCUCUCCUUAAAAAUAAAAAAUAAAAAAUUACUUUUCACUUCUUUUA